AUGUUAUAUCCAAGAUUGAGAGCUGUGAUGUUAACCGACACGUCAUUUAUCGCUCAUUUACCAAUACCAGGGGCUAAACAAGGAUGUAAUAUUAGGCAAGGUAGCUCGAUGGCCGCGGCAAGAAAUUGGGAAGAACCCGCAGAACGAUGCGUGACAGUCCUUGAAUCAGCCGUAGCUGUAUCAAACAAUAUUGAUCGGGUUGACAAGAUAGCAACGGGUGUUGCAGUUGUAUCCACGAUUGCAGAUCUUAAAGAAGCAAUUGGGGACAAGUUCGAUGAAGCAUUUGAAGAUUGUCUCGAAGCCAUUGAAAGCUCCGAUUUCUGGGAUUCGCCCGAUUUAGACGAAAUAUGGGAUGUGGCGCUGACGGAGAUCUCUGACCUCAUACUAGAGGCUGCAGGUUUAGAAUUCAUUGGAGAGGGAAUUGAUGACGUUAUCGACCGCUUUAUAAUUUCAAAAUUGGAAAACUUUGGGAUAAGCGAAAGCACGGCGUCGCGCAUUUGCAAGCUGGUAUUGAGCCCGCAAUCGUUCAUAUUCCGAAAGAUGGCCAUUGGUGCUUUAUCCUUGAGAACACGCCUUGCCCAUACAACAGGGUUGUUUUAGUAAAAUCAAGAAACAGAGACUUCAAUUCUCCAAUCUUAAGCUUUUUAAUUCA